GAGAGAGCGAGCGUGAGCUGAUCGCAGGCUGCAGACGAGAGGCAACGAGUGAGAACGGGUGAGCAGCAGAGGAGCAACAACAUCUGAAAGUUUUAAACCUGUGAUCGCGGUAGGUGACGCGCGGCGAGACUGGAAGUUCCUCCAACAUGUGGAAGCGAAUAAAUUCCACAUCACGGACCGCUUCAGACUAAGACAGAUUUAGGAUUCGCUGCUGAGGGAGGGCGUUCUCUGUCACAUUCUUCUAUGGGAAGGGAAGAAAUUUAAAGAUGAGAUAGGAGACAUUAAAAGAGACCAAGCUGUCCCACCUUACAAGGUGUGCAAAGAGUGAAAUGCACGGGGUGUCAAGCGGCUCUCUUUUCCCAGCUCAGAAUACUGUUUUAGUGUUCAACAGCGUUAAGACGUAAAGGUUUGGGAAAAGACUUAAAGAGCUGAAAACACAAAAGGAGAAGGACAGCUAACAUUACCUUGGGAAACAGACCUAUUUCUUCUUUGAAGUGGAUGUCAAGAGUGUCAGCUGCCUGGGAAAGUGAGGACCCCUGCUCACUUGCGGAACAUCGCACUGUGGAGCUACUAAUCGUGUUGGGAUUAUUGCCAGCUUUGGAUUUUAUAAGAACAAAGAUCAUCUUCGUUUGGCUUUUACGGGAUGCAGGAUCUUGUGUGCCGCCCCUGAACUGUCUCACCCUACCCUGUGCCCUUGCCUGUGGGACCCAGUGACCAUGCUGACCGAGUCUCCCAGACCAGAAAGAUUAGAGCCCCGACCUACACUCAAGCCCGCUGUAUGCUCAGCAGCACCCUGUCUCAGCCAGCCAUGGCACAGCUCGAGGCUAACAGCUCACACGCAGGCAAAGUGUCUGAGCUUCAGCUGAAAUGGGCUGCCUUGCUCAUUGUCAUGGUCAUCAUCCCCACGAUCGGAGGAAACAUCCUGGUCAUUCUCGCUGUGUCGCUGGAGAAAAAGCUGCAGAAUGCUACCAACUACUUUCUAAUGUCACUUGCUGUAGCCGAUCUGCUGGUGGGACUCCUAGUGAUGCCCAUUGCAUUGGUCACUGUUCUCUACAACUCUGGAUGGCCUCUUCCUGAGUUUCUCUGCCCCAUCUGGCUCUUCCUUGAUGUGCUUUUUUCUACUGCAUCCAUCAUGCACCUUUGUGCCAUUUCACUGGAUCGCUACAUUGCCAUCAAGAAGCCGAUUCAACACAGCCAGUACAAAUCCAGAGCAAAAGCGCUGGUCAAGAUCGCACUGGUGUGGCUCAUAUCCAUUUGUAUUGCAAUUCCAAUUCCUAUUAGGGGCCUUAAGAACUACCACCUUCCCAACAACAUCACCUUCAACAGCAACCACACGUGCCUGCUGAAACCAACCACCUUCUGGGAUUUUAUCAUAUUUGGCUCUUUAUCAGCAUUCUUCAUCCCUUUGACUAUCAUGAUGGUCAUCUAUCUACUUACUGUCCAUGUGUUGCGCAAAAAGGUUUAUUUGCUCAGGUCAAAGGUCACUCAGCGUUUUAGCUCUCCGGCGGUGUCCACAGUUUUUCAAAGGGAGCAGUCUAUGGCUUCAACUGAAGCCGAGCAAAUGAAUGUGCUGGACAGCAGACUUCCCCGGACGCAGGAAAAGCCAAAUGCAGGCACCACGAUCGCUCACACGCCAUACGAACAGUCCUUUCGCAGGAUGUCAACUAUGGGCAAGAAGUCCAUGCAGACUCUGAGCAACGAGCAGCGUGCAUCCAAGGUACUGGGCAUAGUCUUCCUCCUGUUUGUAGUCAUGUGGUGCCCUUUCUUUAUUACAAAUAUCACCUCAGUGCUAUGCAAUGGGUGUGAUCCCAACGUCAUUGCCCGGCUCAUGGAGAUCUUUGUUUGGGUGGGUUACGUGUCAUCAGGUAUUAACCCGCUGGUCUACACCCUAUUCAACAAAACUUUCAGGCAGGCGUUCACACGUUACAUCACCUGUAAUUACAGGAGCUGUGCCAGUAACCUGUCAGGAGGACAUCUGAGGCCAUCAACUGCAGAGUGGACUCUAACAAGGAUUUCAAUCAAAUCUUCCAUGGCAGAGAACUCUAAGCUAUUCAUGAAACGGGGAAUGAAGAACGGCAUUGGAGCUGUGGCCUACCAAAGUCCGCUGAGGUGUCGGCAACCUCCUGUACAGUCAUCUAGUGGUGUUGUGCUAGACACAAUACUUCUGACUGAAAAUGAAGAUGAUAAGCAGGAGGAACAUGUUAGCUGUGUAUAGACUAUGGACACGCAAAGCAAAUGAAUAUAAAUCAGGGGUGGGGUGGGGAGGGUACUUAAAGUGGAUAAAAUUUAUGUUGCAAAUUUUAGUUCUUUCAAGACAAAGGCUUGUCACGAACAGAUGUUUCUGUCAAUUGGAUACAUUUAAUGGCAAGACAACAAACCCCAAACUGUUCGUAAUCUUUUGUAGCGCACACCUAGAGGGCAAAACACCAAAAUGCUGGCUAACUCAGAGCAUCAGAGCACCAGAGAACUCGUUUUUAAUAUGUUACAAGCUGCAAAUGUCCAGAUCAACUUUCAAAAACACUGAUAUUUAAAAUACUGCAUGUUUUUCCAUACUUGUAAAGUGUACAUUGCACAAGCUGCAGUCCAUUUGACAAUAUUUGCAAUAUGUAACAAUAUCCCUCCAGUGCACUUACACUGCCACCAGCACAAAAAACCCCAAAACAAAAACAACAGUAGGUGCAGGUCUAUCUAUUUUUGAUUGAGAUGGGUUGCUAAUGCCACGUUUGGAAGGUGAAACUCAUCUGUUAAGCUUAUAAUAAUGUAAUAUAAUUUAGCCUUUGGUGGGAUUUGGCAGCUGUUUUUGUACGGCAGCCUCAGGAGAGGUGUGUUAGCAUUUAGUGCCAUUAUCUUUACUUGCCCAGCAGCUGUAAACAACUGAGCGGCUUGUGAACAUUAGCUGGCAUUUUGGUUUAAUAACUCUGGUGAAAGUAAAGCACAUGAAGUCUAAGGAAAGCUUGUUUUGCCCUCCAGGGUUCAAGGUGGUGACCUCACUUAGAAACUAGUAAGUGAUCGCUAAUGUUUGUUUACAUCAGUUACACAAGGAUCUAUUUUCAACUAUGAACACUACAUCCACAAAGUUCAGGACAUCAUGAUGACCUGGAAACUCCCUGAAUGCAGCAUACAGUACAUUUCCUAUUCUGAUGCUUUCAACUUUUGCUGUCUAAAUAUGCUGUAAACCAUCUACAUGCUUAUAUUUUGUCAAGACAACACAGACAGACAUAAACGCCUUGCACUCUUGAAACGAUACUUAAUGUAUUUGCUGGACCUUUGAAAAGCACUCUCGUACGUGGAUCGCAGCCUGCUGUUUUGACAUGUUAAAAAGAUGUCCACUUAAAAAGACUGUACAUAGAAAAUGUUCACUUUAAAUGGAAAUCUACAUGUGUUUAAUAAAAUAUUUCUUGUGUUCCUGAUAAAAAGGCCAAAUUCUAACCAUCUGUGUGUUAUGCUGUUGAUCUCCACAUUCAUAUGUUACUGUAAUGUGAUCAGAAAAAAUGGCCUCUAUCAUAAAUAAGGGCUGGGCAAAACAAAACACAGCAUAACAGCCACAGUAAGACAAACAAAACAAAACAAAAAAGGCUAUUCACUUUUCCCCAAAUCAUAAACACCAAAGCAGAUAACAGAGUUUGGCAAUAAAAACACUGCUAUUUACACUGAAAAAGAAAAAUACGAAUACUGUAACGACAGCAUAUUUAAGGAGCAAUUCCUGAUUUCUCUGUUUAAAAAUAUCCAGGAAAACAUUCAACUAAACUAAAAUCCUAAUUAGUUAUAUUCCUGUAUAGACUGUGUCACUGUUAAACAAAAGACAAACAAACAAACAAACUGGAACUCUGCUGAUUUAGUAUGAAAAAGCUGAAACGUAAGGCAUUCAAACCUGGCUCUUCUUGUGAGGCGGAGUGCAUGCAGUUAUUCUUAAGGCAUUAGGGUGGGAAAUCAGAGAAGAGCAGGCAAACUAAAUAGCUCUGGUUCACAAGUCUUUCUAAACACAGAGAAAAUUUACACAAGGUUUAUGUAGCGGCCGAUUGAUCACAGGAUAUCACAUGGCCUUUUUGGGCUUAAAAAUGCACACCCUGAUGUUUGUGAAGUGGCCAGGCAGUCUGUUUAGCACGAGCCCUGCUCUAUGGUGGGUAAACACUGAUGUUAGUGGGAUAAAUGCCUGUAAAUAACUGGAGAAGACAGUUAAAGUGAUAAGGACCUCAGUGGUGUCAUUGUCUGACAGAGGAACAUCAUUCAUGAAGACCAGUAACUACUACUAAACUAAAUUUUGACAACUCAUUACACAAAAUAUAAAAAACACAAGGUCAGCCAGGAAAACUGAAGCAAAAAAGAAAGAAAACCAAACUGUUUCUGUGUCAGUAGUGACGUAGUGAAUAACAAGAACCUGACUGGUCAAAGCCAACUAAGCUCCAGGACAUCUGCAUGGAAAUGACAUUCACUGGUUUCAUUCAUUUGCCAGCUGCUACAUUAACUUGUUUGUGUUAGCCAAUCAACCAACAACACUUCACUUCACAAGUUAAAAUCCCAAACAAGCUAACUGUAGUAAAGCUAAAUAAAACUCCCACAAGUAACCAAGAGAUCAGCUGCUUGUAAUGAUGGAAAAACUGGUAAACUCCCUGUUCUCCUUCUAGUUUGUGGGGGACACCAGAGUAUCCACAGGUAUCGGCUUUAUAAAGUUACUGUGGCAGCUAAUGCUAUUAACCUUAAUACGGAUGGCUAUAGUUGUGCCAUUUUCUUUUGCCGUAAGCAUUCUGCAAGUCUUUUUUUAAGGUAAUGAUUUUUAUUUAUUAAU